ACAUUUCCUUUUCCUUAACGCUUUUGUACUGUCACGUCGUAUUUCCGGCGGCCAUUAGUGUAAACCGUGUGCGGCGCGGUUUAUAGCCUAGAAUUUUGUUGUUAUAAGUUAUUUAGUCUAAUGAAUUUCAAAUAUUAAUUAAUAAUAAAUUGUGCUACGAAACUAAUUUGAAACAUCAAUAUGGGCGACCCUUACGCCUCCGGUGAUUAUAGUGGUGCAGGCUAUCCCGCUCAGUAUUCAAUACCACCACCUACGAUAAGUUCGAGCGAUAGUAGUUAUAACCAGGGACAGCAACAAGGAAACUAUAAUCCUAGCAAUUAUUCAGGUCAAAAUUCUGGCCCCGCCUGGAAUCAACAGGGUUCAGGAAGUGGAAGUGGAAGUAGUUAUGGGGGAAAUCAAGACAGCAAUUAUGGUCAAAAUUUUGGAUCUAAUUAUGGAAGUGGGGGUUACGACCGUAACAACGGUAACAACUACAACGUGAGUGGAAGUGACCGUGGAGGAAGUAACUAUGGAAAUAAUGAUCGUGGAAGCAAUUAUGGAGGCAGUGACCGGGGAAGCGGUAGCUACGGUGGUAGCGACCGCGGCAGCGGCUCCAACUACGGAGGAGACAGAGGAGGGAGUGGCUACUCUGGAGGUGACCGAGGAUACGGUGGAGGUGAUAGAUCAAGCUACAAUAGAGACGGGGGGAAUAGAGAUGGUGGCUAUGGUGGCGGCGGCAGGGGGGGUGGUUAUAAUAAAGGUGCCGGUGGUGGGUUCGGCGGAGACAGGGGUGGAGGUGGAGGUGAUAUGAUAACUCAAGAAGAUACAGUUUUCGUUCAAGGAAUGAACCCCUCAACAACUGAAGAUGAACUUUGUAAAUACUUUGGUGCAAUCGGUAUCAUAAAGACAGAUAAGAAAACACAAAGACCAAAAGUUUGGAUGUAUAAAGAUAAAGCAACCGGUCAACCAAAGGGUGAAGCAACAGUUACCUAUGAAGACUCCAAUGCUGCGUCUUCUGCUAUUCAAUGGUUCGACGGUAAAGAUUUCAACGGAGCAACGAUAAAGGUCUCAUUAGCACAGAGGCAGAACACGUGGGGUGGAGGGAAAGGCGGCGGCGGGGGUGGUUUCCGUGGAGGACGCGGGGGCGGCGGUGGAGGAGGCGGUAGCGGUGGAGGCGGUGGAGGAGGUGGAAGAGGUGGUGGGCCUCCAUCUGGCAACCGCGCUGGCGAUUGGCGCUGCCCUAAUCCUAACUGUGGUAACACUAACUUCUCCUGGCGGAAAGCUUGCAAUCGAUGCAACGAAGAGAAACCAGGGGGCGGAGGUAACGAUGGAGGCGGCAACGGUGGAGGCGGCGGAGGUCCUCCUGGCGGUCGUGGCGGCGGUGGUGGCGGACCUCCUGGUAGAGGAGGCCGCGGAGGAGGUGGUCGUGGCGGUGGAAGAGGCGGCGGCGGUGGCGGCGGUGGUGGUGGCGGCGGCUGGGGCGGCCGGCCCGACCGCAGCGGCGACCGUGGCGGUGACCGGCGCGGGUCAGGCGGCGGCGGUGACCGCGCCGGCGGAGGAGCCAUGAGAGGAGAUGGAGGAGGCAGAGAUCGCCAGAGACCAUAUUAAAUAGUUUAUUUUAGUGUUAAUCUGAACCUAGGUUAUAUUUUAUUGUGACUGAUUCUAUUUCUAUUGACUCUUACUAAAACAUCCAUUUAACUGAAAAUUACCUGACAUGACAUUUCUGCAGUGAUGUAAGGUGAUUUUGUCUAUUUUUUAUUUCUUUUACCUAUAAAUACGAUCUAAUUUUAUUUAUAGAAUAAAAUCAGGAAGCCACUGAAAUUAUUUAACGUAAGAAUAACUAUAGUGUAUGAAUCUGUGAAAGAUAUAAUUUCAUUACUACUUUAGUAAUUUUAAAAAUUUUUAGCCUGAAGUGUUCUUUAAAAAUGUAUAUGUACGAAAUAAACUGGUGAUGAACUGAA